UAUAAAUAAUAGAAAAAACUUGAACAAUAUUUAAAAUUUAAAUAAAUAAUAUUUUGACAAAAAUUUUGAAUAUUAGAUGUUGACGAGAAGACCUCAUUUGACAGGUCAUGUCUUGGGCCUGUUUUGGCCAGUGUUUUGCCAAUGUCACCAAGUCAUUCACACACAGAUAUUCCAGAUACACUGGCAGCUGCCAAGAGGACGAACAAGUUGAUUCAGAACAAACGAGAAAUGGAUGCAACUUGUUAUUAUCAUCAUCACCAAAGUCAAAAAAAUCAAAAAAAAAUUUAUUAUCAUUUCUGCCUUCAAAAUAUUUCAAGAGAAAAAAUCAAAUUCCAAUAUCAUUGGAACUUGCUGAAGAUAAUCUUUGGUCCAGACGUGGCAAUAAAUAUUUUCGACUUGAUUCUAGCAAUAAUGCUUCAAUGAGUUCUAAUUUAAAUACUCCACUGCAACCUCUUGAUGCUAGAAUUUUGUUGAAACAUGAAUGUGUUUCAUCAACUACUGCUUCAUCAAUUGAUCUUGAAUGGGAACACGAAGUUUUACCAAUACGUUUUGUCGACAACGAAAACCAAAUAAACACAAAUAACUCAUCAAAAACAUCAAGUAAAGGUAGUCAACCGUCCAGUUUAACAGCAUCACCAUGGUCACGUGUAUCAACACCAAAUAGUUUAGAAUGGGACUCAAUUGAUCAUGAUAAUGAAUUCAUUGAUGCUGAAACCGAACAACUAUUAACUGAAAUUGAUAGAUUAAAAAAUAAAACGCUUAAUGAAACUGGUGCUAGAUGAUAAAAUAAUUUAAUUUUAGUCUUUCAAUAAUAAUAAUUAGUUGUAUUUUUAUAUUUUAUGAAGAGAAAAAAAAACUGAGAAUAAGAAAACAAGAUAUAAAUCCAAGUGACGUUGAUAAAAUAUUGUUGAUUAAAAUUUAGAAAGAAAAAAAAGUAAAAAAAAUUUAACAAAGAGGGAAAAGUGAAAUUAUGUUAGUCACUAUUGUUGAUGCCUUAAAAUAAAUUAUAACAAAUUGUUAUACAGAGUGAUAUACUUUUGAAUUAUUAGAACAAUCAUAAAAUGAUUUUUUUUAUUUUGUCUAGAAAAUAGUUAUGAAUAAAAAAAAGCUAACUGUUACCCUGGAGAGUCUACCAGGAUAAUUAAUAUUUCAUUUGCAUCAUUGUAGAAUAGAAAAAAAAAAAAACCAUAUCGAUAAAUUCUA